AGUUCACAUGGUGAAGUUGUAAAGUGAUCUCCAGUUGGCCUUGAAAUCUUCGAAGAUGAGGUGGUGGCUAGCAGUUUUUGCGUCGGUUUUUUGUACCGUCCAUGGGCAACAAAUUGACGAGGAACUCAGAAGGAACGUCGAGGAGAUUUAUGGUAAUCCGAAUAGUACCAGGAAUGGCGAAUUUUUGCCAGGAUUUGAAGAAGUGACUAGACCUACUGGGGGAAGUUUGGGUGCCAUAGAGAGAUGUGGGGAAGGAUCUGAUCAAGGGGUCCACAUUUGUGUUUCCUAUUAUAUGUGUGAUGGAAAAACCAAAACGGUAGUUCAAACUGGAGUCACUGAUGGUUUUGGAAUCAUCGACAUCAGAUUCGGCGAGAACAGCUGCACCCACCCGCUGGAAGUGUGCUGCAAGCUGCCCGAGGGCGGCCUCGACCCCAACCUGCCCCAGCCGGGCGACCCGCCCACUCCCCCCACCUCUUCACCUCCCACCACCCCUCCACCCUUCACCCCCAUAGUGCCGCCGGUGACCACAGCGCCGGCGCAGAGCUUCUGCGGCAUCAGGCACCCAUCGGGCAUAGAUUUCCAGAUCACCGGCCAGAGAGACAACGAGGCCGAGUACGGGGAAUUUCCCUGGAUGGUGGCCGUUCUGAACAAGAAUGGGAACCCGAGUUUGGGGCCGAACAAGCUGAUUUGCGGAGGUUCGUUGCUCACCCCGAACGUGGUGCUAACUGGAGCGCAUUGCGUUUUCAAGGCCAGAACGGAGGACCUGUCCAUAAGGGCAGGCGAAUGGGACACGCAGACUGCCAGAGAGCGGCUGCCCUACCAGGAGCGCAACGUCGUCAACAUCGUCGCGCGCAGCGACUUCAACUCGGGCAACCUCUUCAACGACGUGGCGCUGCUGGUGCUGGACAGGCCCAUAGUGAGGGCGGACAAUGUGGGCACGGUGUGUCUGCCCACGCAAGGCCAGAGGGUCGUUUCGAGGGAGUGCUUCGUCAGCGGAUGGGGCAAAGACACCUUCGGUAAACAAGGAGAGUUUCAAGCGAUUUUGAAGAAAAUCCAGCUGCCAACUGUGGACCGCCAAAGAUGUCAAAAUGCCCUGAAAAAUACUAGGUUAGGACAAGGUUUCAGUCUGCACAGUAGUUUCAUGUGUGCAGGAGGAGAACAAGGCAAAGAUGCGUGUACGGGUGAUGGUGGCAGUCCCCUGGUGUGUCCUGACCCCCUCAACCCCACCAGAUACGUGCAGGUGGGCAUCGUCGCAUGGGGCAUCGGGUGCGGCACCCAAAAUGUACCGGGCGUUUACGCUGACGUGGCCAGGUUCCGGAGCUGGAUCGACGAGCAAAUGGAAAGACUGAAUUUCGACACGGCGCCCUAUAAUCUCUAGUGCAUGGGGCGUGCAAUAAUUAGAUUAAAUUAUUUUUGUAACAAUAAAAUUUGUCGACGACUCUU